AGCUCACAGGGCUCAGCAUUUAUUUUUGGACUGCCAUGGCGUCUGUUCCUUCCAUUUGUAGGAAGGGGGGUCGAGUUGGGCUCAACAUGAACCUGCCGCUCUGACACUCCGGGCUGGGACAAGCAGGCAGCAGCCGGCCGGCCGCCCCCCGAGCAGCAGUCGCACAGGGGACCCUGCCUGGAGCACUCUGAACACCAGCAACAAGUUUUUACCUGGGUGCAGAAGCGCUCAUGGCUAUCGCUUAUGGUGCUGUAACUCAGCUGGGCCUGCUUUCCCAGCAGUACCCCCCGCCCUUGCUGCCCAAGCCUGGGAAGGACAACAUUAAGCUGCAGAAGCUCCUCAAGAGGACCGCUAAGAAAAAGGCCUCCGUUCAGGCAUCGCAGUCCGCCGCACCUUUCCGCUCAAGCCUUUCCCCUGUGAAUGAAGCAAGCCCUGACCUCGAGCACAGUGACCACUCCACACCGCCCAAGACUCCAGAGGCACCGCUCAGCCUCUACAGUGUCCAGCAGCCUCAACGGUUCACCGUCAGGCCGCUGUAUCAACAUGUUGCAUCGCCUUACCCGCAGCGUGCAGCUUAUGGCAGAACAGCAAGGUUCUCGCCUCAGACAGUGACGGUGCCGUCGUACUCCUAUUCCCAAAAUGUCACCACGGUUUCUUCUUAUUCCUCAUCAACCUAUGUUUCAGGAGUCUCACCAACUCCUGAGCCACUCUCCCAGUCACCUGUGCCCAAAAUAUCUCUGCCGGCAUAUUCUGUGCCAGAUCCAACAGUGCCUGAGGUGAAAAAGCCAGCAUUUGGAACUUCUGGUAACAAUCAUGCCAGCCUUAGACCUGCUGCUGCUGUAGGAACUACUCAGCAAAAACCCACAAGUCCUGGUCCAACUCCCUACCAAGCAACAGGUUCCCCAGGUUUGGUACGGCCUCUCAUUGUGUUGACACCACUUAAAUCCAAAAGUCCAAGACCAACAUUUAAAGCGACCGAAACUUCAAGAUCACCAAAACCGAUGUUUGAUGUCCCUCAAAUAAGGAUGUACACAGCAAGCACAUCUUACUAUGAGACAUCCAGGACCCCACCAGUGUACGACACAGCUGGAUUAACCAAUAUUGGAAGUAUGGUACCUCAAAGUAAAGCAUCGAUAGAAUCAAUGCAAGAUUUGUCCCAAGCAUUUGAGGUAAAAAGAGGUGCAACACCAACGACCCAGCCAUCUCUAUCAGGCUCUGACCCCCAGAGAAAGACCCCAACUCUUGAAGCUAAAAGAUCCACGCCGACAGCAGACAUGACUACGGUGAAAACACCAACCCCUGACAUAAAAAGAGCCACUCCCACGUCUGAAAUCAAGAGAGCGACUCCAACAUCUGAGAGCUUAAGAUCCACUCCAACAGCUGAACUCAAAAGAGCCACCCCGACAUCUGAAAUCAGAGUCAAAACCCCAACUUAUGAGUUCCAGUCAAGGAUUACAGCAGGACGACCAAGAACCCCAGCAUACCAUACUGCUCGGGCUGCAACCCCUGUCUUUGAAGUCUCAAGACCCAAUCCUCUUUUGUUUGCAGUGUCUUCAAUCACAGUAGAGCCAGAGAGGUCAAGAACACCAAAAACAGUGUCACCAGCAAGUACUCCUGUGGUGACUUCAGAGCCAAAGCCUACAGAGACAUUGCCAAAUGGGGACAUCCUUCCAGACACAAAGCCUGCAGCUAAACCAGUACAACAAAACAUAACAAAGGCCAAAUCUGAGACUGAUCUGACACAAGUCAAGAUCCUGUCCACUCAAACUGGCACUCAAAGGCUCUCUCAAACCCCAACACCUCAGGCAACACCUCCAGCAGUGACUUCUUAUGGCUACCAGAGGCCUAAGACUCCGACAUUCGAGGCGUCCCGACUUAUGGCCACCUCUCCUGGCUACAAGAGACCAAGAACACCAACAAAAGGGACUACCAGUGUAUCACCUGUGGCCUUCCAGAGACCCAAAACCCCAACACAAGUGGCUUCAAAGUCAAAGUCUUCAUAUCGUGGUUUGACACCGGCUGAAUAUGCUGCCUAUGGUGGAAUCAAAACGUUCACUCCAGCGUUUGGUAUCGGCAGUUCUGCAACAUCGACCGAAGAUGUGGUUAAAGCGACACAAGAGGAAUCAGCAGUAUCCAGAACACUGAGCCAAGAAGUUCCUGUGAAGGGACAAUCUGCAGCUGAGGUUUCAAAAGUGAUGGAGGACAAGGUUCCCACCACUCCUUCAGUGCCUGUAAUUAUCGUUUCCCAAGCUUCAGACUCCCCAGGAACCCAAGAGACAAGUGUGGUUUCCAGGCAAGUCGUGGCAAAACAAGAAAAAACUGUGAUUCAGGAAACACCAAAGGCUGCACCACCACCAACAGUUGAGGUGAAAACUCCUGAGAAAAAGAAACUGGAACAAGAAGUCACCAAACCAGAGCCACCAAAAAUGCCUGAAGCCAAACAUCCUGAGCCCAAAGGGGAAGACCAGGAUCCUCUCAAGGCUGUAAGGAAACUUCUGGGCAAAGAUAAAGUCCCAGAGAAACCUAAACGUGAGACAAAAGCUGAUGUCUCAGACAAAAAAGAGCCAGCAAAACCUCUAGCUGCCACCACAGCUAAGGUAGAGGUCUCAAAGCCAAGUGUCACGGCUCCUGUCGUGAAGCCAACAGAAAGUGAAGACAAAGGUAAAUAUAAGAAGACAGAAUCUGAACCUAAGAAAAAGGAAGGUGAAGAAUCCCUCCCAGCUGAGCCCCUCCUGAAAGUCUUACAAAAGCCAAAGGGAGUGAAAUCUAAACUGAGUGGGUGGUCCAGGCUCAAAAAGCACAUGGUGGUCGAGCAGGAGGAGCCUAAAUUUCCAGAAACUGGCCCCCAGAAGGAGGCGACAGGGCAGGACCAGAGUGAGGGGAAGAAGGUUGAAGAGAAGGCCGCCGACAAGCCCAGCGCCCAGGAUGGGAAUCAAACCAAAGACGCUCCCAAAGCAACCAAGAUGUGGGACGCCGUCCUCUUCCAGAUGUUCUCCACCAAGGAGAACAUCAUGCACCAGAUCGAGUUAAACAAAAGCGAAGAGGAGAAGCAGGAGGAGAAAAUGGAUGAGGUGAAAGAGAUACCGUCAUUUGCAUACCGGCUGCCCGUGCUGCUUUUUAGUCCAAAGUUUGACGCCAAAAGGCUCAAAGAAGCGGCAUCGAGGCCGGUGACUAAAAUUUCAACAGUGUUUGAGAUGGGUUUGAUUGGGCGGAAAGGGAAAGACGAGGAACCAAAAGACUUUAAUAGAAAGGCAAGGGGGUUCACUGCUACUUAAGCUGACCUAACAUAUAUAAUAUAAAGUGAAAAUGUAAAGAAAACAGUUAUUUACGUGUUUUAUGUACAGGUAGAGAAAUCUUAGCGACAGAAAUGAUGUACAGGUCUGGAAUAGUCUUUGUGUUAAUCACUGAUGUUUGUGGCAGUGUGGUAGAGAAACUCGGCCUGAACUUUAUACUUGACAAAUGCUUCAUGUUGCAGUUGUGAUUGGUCGUCUGGAUGUUAAAUGUUUGUGGCGUAGCUGAAAAAAGAGGAAGCUACAUUUGUCUUAAAGUCAUUCAGACUUCAAAUUAAAGCGUUUAUGUUUUAAGUAACUUCA